AUGUGGCAGUUCUCUUCCGCCUGGAUUUCCUCUAGUAAUUUUAUGGCCAUGGCAGAAAGGGAUCAAUCGGGUUUGUCGAGUUGCUUAGGGCAGAGGAAUUUGAUUGCCGACUAUGGUGGGUCAUCGAUUUUCUUUGACAAGUGCCUUGGUUACACUGUCUCCUGUGUCUGCUCUGGUGUUGGGCGUAUGGGGGCUGUCGGCGGGGUUGCUUCGAUCUUCUUCGUUUGGUGGUUGUUGAUAGUAGUUUUAGGGAACCUAGGUGCAGCUUUUUGUGAAAUAUCGGCAAAAAUGUUGGAGCACUCUCCUAAGCAGCAGAAGGAGAGGGCUCUCCCGAAGCGAAUAAUCCUUGUCCGGCACGGCGAGAGUGCGGGGAACGUUGACGGAACCGCCUACGCCACCACCCCUGACAACAAAAUACCCCUUACUCCCCAAGGCGUUGACCAGGCCAAGCGCGCCGGAUCUCGGAUCUACGACGCCGUGAAUGACGGCGGCCGUGGUUGGAAGGUCUAUUUCUACGUAUCUCCCUACCUCAGGACUCGUUCUACGCUCCGGGAGAUCGGCCGAGCUUUCCCCAGAAACGUGGUCAUCGGCGCUAGGGAGGAAUGUCGUAUCAGAGAGCAGGACUUUGGCAAUUUUCAGAUCGCUCAGCGGAUGAAAGUGAUCAAGGAGACCAGAGAGCGCUUUGGAAGGUUCUUCUAUCGAUUUCCAGAAGGAGAGUCUGCUGCAGACGUUUACGAUCGGGUUUCCAGUUUUCUUGAAUCUCUAUGGAGGGACAUUGAUAUGAAUAGGCUACACCAUGAUCUGACAGACGAUCUUAAUCUGAUAAUUGUGUCACAUGGGCUUGCUAUUCGUGUUUUUCUAAUGAAAUGGUUUAAGUGGACUGUGGAACAGUUUGAGUUCUUGAAUAACCUUGGGAAUUGCGAGUUUCGAGUGAUGCAGCUGGGUAAUGGGGGAGAAUACAGUCUAGCAAUAAACCAUAGUGAUGAAGAAAUGCAAGAAUGGGGAUUGUCUCCUGACAUGAUAGCCGACCAAAAGUGGCGGGCCCAUGCUUCCAAGGGUGAGUGGUACGAAAAGUGUCCAUGGUAUCUCGACACCUUCUUUGACCAGUUUGCAGACUCCAGUGGUGAGGACGGUGAGGACUUGCAGCACUGCUAA